AUGAAGCUGCAGACUUCGAUAUUCUUUGCUUUGAUUGAUCAACGAAGUAAACGAGCUACUGGUGAAAGCGCUUGUACAAACUUGGUUGCUGUCAUAGCUGAUUGGUUCCACUGCAAUCCUGAAGAUAUGCCCAUCAAAUCCCAACUUGAUUCUCUUAUCUGUGAAGGCUCGAUGCAGUGGAGGGAUCUUUGUGAAAACGAGACCUAUAGGGAACGUUUCCCAGAUAAGCAUUUUGACCUCGUGACAGUUCUCGAGGCUAAAGUGCGUCCACUCUCAGUAGUCUCAGAAAAAUCAUUCAUUGGGUUCUUUCAUCCCGAAGGAAUCGAAGAAGAGGAAGGAUUCCACUUCCUUCAUGGUUCCACGUCUUUUGACAACAUAUGGGAUGAGAUUUCUAAGUCCACUCAAGAAACUCCUCAUCAUGGCAUCUCCUGUGUUUACAUUGCAUAUAUCCUCAAAUUUGACCAAGAUACAACAAUUAUGCAAGCACCUAGUGAGUCUCAACAACCAGAUGAUAAGCCAUCUUGCGAUAGAAAACAGAAAACCGAUGUCAAAGAGGCUGCGGAUGAAAGCAAAAUUUUCAUGAGCACCAACAGCGACGACAGUAUGCAGGAAGACAGGGUACCUGAAAAGAACAUCAUUUAUAAAGCAAUCCCUAUUAGGGAGUUACAAGUUGAUGUAAAGAAAGGAUUGAUGGCAUCGACACCCCUUCAUCAGCGCCUACAAAUAGAGUUCCACUACACGAUGAGCUUUGUCCCCAAGUUUGAGGAGUCGUCUUCAGAAGAACUGAUUGCUAACAGUUUGGCCAAAGUACCAUUGGCAGCAGCAGAAUAA